AACGCGUUGAAAAUAUUUUAAAUAGCUUUAUAUAUGCUGUAUUCAAAAUAAAAAAUAAAGAUACAGAAUUUUAUCGAAAACCUUUAAGCUAUAAUCAGAAGAAAAUGCGAGAGAUAUCUGAAAAGUAAUCCGAAUAUAUUUACGAGUUCAAGAUUAACUGCUGAUUUUACGAGCAUGAUAAGAAACGUUCUGCAUGUAGUGAAUCUAAAAUCAUGUUCUUCACAAUGUAAUUUAGUGAAGAUUUGUGACGCCUUUAUUCUAUAGUCACUUUCUUGUGUAAGAUAAUAUUAUAUAUAUAUACAAUCAUUAAAAAGAAUGACUUUUAUAUUGUUUUUCGUACAAUGAUUUAUAUCAAAUAAAAUGUAUAAAGAUGCACAAAUUAAUUUUGAUAAAGACAAAAAUCUUUCAAUAUCACGCAGCUUUAAUUUUAAACCAGACAUGCUGUCAGAAAUAAAUAUCCUCAUUUACAUAAAGUAAUAUUUCGUUCAAAAGCAGAUAUGACAGCAUCACCUUAUAUCACGUGAGUCAAGACAAAAAUUAAUUUCUAGUUUGACCGCGAACAUUAAACAGUUCCUGUCUGCGCCAGAAGACUUCUAAAAUAGAUAUUAUCGAUACUAAUAAUGCUCGCCAAAUGCGACAACGCGCGAUGGCUUAGUCGCUCCCCCGACACAACAAAGAGACAUUAUCGGAAGUGCACACAAGAGCAAUUAACUUCGGAAAUCGUGAAUUAGGCAGGUCACAUCGCGUAGCAACUCCCACGUGCCUUUAGCCGCGGCGCGUCGCGGGGGGCCGCCGGUUUCCACGACCCUGGGGCGCGUCGCGAUGCCUCGUGCACGUCUCAGUGCGAGGGUGCCGUUCACCAAGUGUGCGCCGCCGGGGUUUCCACUCGUUCGCCACCUUUCGCCCUCUCUAUCUUCCUCCGCGCGACCCGCGUUCUUUAAAGAGUAAACACGCGAUUAGAACGCGCUUUCCGUUUAAGUCGACAUCGCGAGCGAGUCUUCAGAACUGUACCCACACCCUCGACCCGAAGUAUCAUCGCAAAGGCAAUUGCGCCAUCGAGCUGGCAUCGCAUGUCGGGAUCAAGCGCAAGCCCGGACGAGCAGAGAUAAUAACCUUCGUGGAGGAAACCUUGACGUAUCACCGUCGUGGCACACAUCGCGUUACACACUACACAUUAUGAAAGUAUUUGUUACAACAUACGCGCUUUAGGAUAAACUCAAGGAUAAUCUUAAUCUUGGCACUAACAAGCAAAGUUAAAUUUUCUCCACGAUACGUGCCUUAACAGCAUAGCGAGGAUCUUGUAGAAAUCAGUGGGAAAUCAGUGGAUAGAAAUCAGUGUCGUAAAUUCAAUAAUUUAUUGCUACAGCAUUGCAGCAUUCGCGCGAUUUGUUUUUCUCGCACGUAAUUAGUAACUAAAAUGUUCAGGCAAUUAAUCCACCCGCUUUAGCAUUUCUGUUUACUUUAAAUGAACGAACUAGAUACUUUUAUACGAAAUAAAUACUUUUAUACACCUUAUUUAUAUAAUUAAUUUUUAGAAUACCAAAAAUGAGCAAUUUGUAUGCAUAAUUUAGACACCGUUAAAAUGUAUUAAAUAAAGAUGCAAAUAAUAUUUCGAAUUAUUCAUUGUUUUACCAUUCCUUGUCUUAUGUGUUUCUAGUUUUUAAUACUUAAUACUCAAAAUGUUAACAUGUUAUUAUAAUUAAAUAGAAAUAACAAUGAUGCUAUAGCGAAAUUUAUUAGAAAACCUUUCCCAUUUAGAUAUUCUAAUAUUUUUGAAAACGUAUAUUCUAUUUUUAUAUCGCAACAUUUUAUAUAAGCAAUAGAAACAACAGAUUUCAAGUUUGAUAACUAAUAUAAACUCACGGUCACGUACCUCUUACUAACUAUAGAUCGAAUGAAAUAGUAAAAGACAUUUAUCUCGUUAAUUGUCGUACAUAACGUUACGCAUAUGCUAUAACACAGUAGACACGCGUUUAAAGAAAGUUAUAAACUGCAAUUUUAUCUCGUAAUUCCAAGUAAUACCGAAGAAUCGACCCUAGAAUGCUAGAAUAGUAAAAUCGAUCUGCAAGACACGUGUGAGUUAUUGGAAAAUCAUUCAAAACAUACGCGAUACACUUUAAAUAUCAAUUCAAAUGCUUUUCUAAAUAUUUUUUACGUAUUUUAAAUAAUGCUGUUAAAACUAAAGUACUGCAAAAAUAAUGUUGCAGCAAGGAGUUUUAUUAGAAAACUAUCAUUAAAAUAUUAUAACGAUUCUUAAAUUAUAUCGUUAAAAUUAACGUAGCGCUAAUUUGAGAAUGGUUGAUAUUUUGAAAUGUAAGGAGACUCAUCAGCAGAUUGUAGAAAAUCUUCUUGGCAAUGCAGCCAAUUUGUUCCAAAAAUAUUCAAGAAAUACGAAUCAAUAUAAAUUGCACCCUUCCUAUUUUUGUCAUUAUUAAGUAAAAUGCCGAGUAUUAAACUGAAUCAAAGCCGAUCUCUCGUUUACACACACCUACAUAUGUCUGCCGCUACCGUGACAAAGCAUUCUACUUUAAAUCAAUCGAGAGACUCGACUAUUAAAGCUCGUGCCGUCCCUAUGAAGAGACAGUUCUCCCACGAAUAGGCAAACGUUAGUUGAUGCGCGCGUUACUUGUGCCACUUUAAAGCAAAAUUUAAGUGUAAAAUGUACAGACUGUUAAAUAUUAAUUAUCGUGAAUUAUUUUUAAUAUACAAGUGAUAAAAUAUACUUAAUACUGUUAAUGUGUUGCAAAUAAUUAUCUCAACCUGAUAACCGCAAGGAAGUGAUAACGCAAACAUAUCGCUAUAUGGAAUGUAUCAACCAAGAAUAACCGCAAGGAAGUGAUAACAAAAAUAUAUCGCUAUAUAGAAUGUAUCAACCAAGAAAAAUAUAAAAAAAAUUUACGCGUGUGCGACUUUGCGUAGUAAAAUAAAAAAAAGAACGUUGUCGUUCUAGGAUCUCAGUUUAACUAAUGGACUUCUCGUUAUAAUUUAAAAAAAGCUCCCUUUCAAAUUAAAAGAUGACGGUUCUGAGAUAAUCUAAGAGUUGAUCUAUGCUUUGAAUAAUGUUUAGCGUAUUUCAAUUUUCGUUAUGUGUUGCUCGCGUGUAUCAUAGUGAAAUUUAUUUGAAAAGUGAAAAGAUUAUUAACGUGAAGUGCAUUAAAAUGAUUUGCGACAUAUCAGCUACGUGAGUGCUUUAGAACUACACGGAAGUCGGUAAAAGUUAAGUGCACCGACCAUUCGCUGCCGGGGUUCACUGUCAGUGCCAUCGCACGAGCGAUUUAAACCCCGACUUCAAUGUCGUCCGACGUCGCACCACGUUGGUUUCUUCUGUGUUCGAGCGCGACAUCAUAUGCCCAAAUUGGCGUUUGUAACGUGUCAAGAUUGUUAGAUUCGUAGUACAUUUCACCAUGAGUUAAACGAAAUUCAAAGUCGUACGAAAAAAGAAAAAGGGAAAGGAAAAAGGGAAAGCUAUUGUCGGAGAAACCGCAAAGUCUAACACGAAAUCGCUUAACGGGAUUUAGGAAAAAGUAUAAAAAAAAAAACUGUUAACACCCUUGUAUCCCUUUGUGAUCGUCGUACACCGCCACCACCACUACCACCACCACUGCCUCUCUUCCACGCGCAUCCUCGAACACCCGGUUGAAUCGACCAACCGUAUCGAAUAGUCGAGUAGAAGUAAGAGCCGAGAAAAAAAAAUAUAACACACAUACACACCACGAGAAAUACGCCAAUAGUGACCCGAGUUCGUGCACCGAAGUCAGUCAUGAAUCUUAUGUUCCGCAAGAACUUCGGCGAGAAGGGACUCGGUGGUGGCGGAGGACUAAGUGGAGGAGGACUAGGGGAAGUCCGGCCCGUCCUGGGCGCCACCACGACUUACGGGACCAGUGGGGCCUCGUUCGGCCAGAUAGGAACGCGUUUGGCGCGCGGUGGUAUCGGCCAGUCAGUGGUCAGCGGCGUGCGUGGACCUACAGUACGACGCAGCCGGGAAUUCGGACAUUUUCCGUCGAUGGGCGAUCACGAGCACCAGGGACAUGGUUAUCGUACUCACUUGUUCCUGUCGCCACCCGCAGGUGGAACGCUCGGCUCACCACCCGAGGACACGGGCGAGCGAAUAGGUCCGCCGCCGCGUCGCAACUCGGGCCCUCAUGUGAUCAAAUGGGGUGGCGGUGGACCCGUCAGUUCUACGCAGGGCGGUCAGACCGGCAAUCAAGCGAAAAGAAAGCAAAAUCAAAUCGGCCAGCAAAAAGAACCUUCCGACCCCCCUACCCCGACUGCAUCCAGGCAGCAGGUAUCCUUCAGCGGAAAUCGUACUUCUGGUACUUACACACCUCUCGUAGUUACCGGAAAUAGCCCGCCACGAGGCGAACCAAUCUCCUUGGCCACUUUGGACCGCGACUGUUUUAUUAUACCUCUCGCUUCUCUCGAACGCUUUUUACCAGCCGGUGUACCACACGCUCCUGUCGCUGAUAAGAAAAGACCGGGAAGUCCUCUGUCGGUUCUCGAGGUUGAGGACCCGAAGCAAUGUGUUCUCGCGCAUUUCAUGACGCCACUAGAGCCUCUGGACCCGCUAAUGGAAUCUCCGGUGUCUCGUCCGCUGGUCUUACAACGCGAUACCGCCGCGGAACUAGUCGCCGAGAUAGCACCUUCUGCCUCACAAAGCAUUUUACUUACAAAUAUGGAGAAGAAUGCGGAUUUCCCGUUCAUCACGUAUUAUCUAAUAAACAAGCAGAGCACGGACCCCGUAGAUUUUUACAACGAAGUGCAAUGUGCAGCUCUACGUAGGUUCGAUCCCCGAGAUCUCAAAUAUGCGGCCAGCCACACGUUGGAUCUGUUCAACGAAGUAGCGACCAUUGCAAGACCACCGCUCGAGCCACCCGGAGGAAGACCACCCAUUCCGUCCACCGGCUACAUAGUGUCGAUUUUUAAAGUUUUCGAGGGCGACGAUGGUCUCAAAUUCGAACAAAACUGGUUGUACUGGACAGGUGCGCGAAUGAUGUAUCGAUAUCUGCCGAAAUCAGUGGGUCUCAGACGUAUUACCUUGCACAAAUCGAUGUCACAGGGCGAUAAAAUGUAUCUGUUGAUCUGCGAGUGCUCUCAGCUGCAAGACAAUCUAUCUGCUGCGGCGAUACUUCUACCGGCACUUCGUGCACGUCUGUGUGGAUAUAUUGGGCUUUACAGACCCUCUGUGUGCUUCUGAUUUCUCACCCGACUGUUAGAAUCUGCGAGGAGCAUCCUUUCGAAUCACAUUACGUGUAACUCUGCAAAAAAAUCCAAGCGAAACGGAACAUAACUACUAAUGUCAUAGCGGGAGACACAAUGCUGAUUUGCAGGAACCGAAGAAUAUAUCGUCGCAAACUCCAUUAAUGAACGAGACACUGUGAUUUCUUAUCGGACCUAUUAUAAGAAUCGCAACUUCGUAUACGCUUUAGAUGAGUCUCGUUGAUGAUCGACGAAACAGCCUGCAUGCUCGAUUAGAUAUGCAACUGGCCCUAUUUGUAUUUUUUGACUUUACUAUCUCGUUCAUUACGCAAGCGAGCAUAGCCCAAGUAGGGUCACCGAACGAAGCGAAAAGAAGAUUUAUAUGGGACGAAUAGCAAUAAAAUUGACAAGGCUGUA